AUGUCAGACAACUAUGUGUUCGAUCUUUCCGACCUUGAGAUAAACAGUUUGGCAAACUCUUUUAUAAAUGCCCUAAUGAUGGUUGACGAACAAAAAUGUCCAGAAGUCCGCACUGUUGAAAGUUUGAAACUCCACUAUUACAUUGAUAAGUCCUAUAAAGGAAACAUAUUACCUUACAAUAAAGAGACUCAACACUUGUUACGUUUAGAAGAUGAUAAAAUCUUAUUACCUUCUCUUGUGAAUGAGAAAGAUGUUUAUGAACUUGUUCAAAGAUUGAACAACAUCACUGUUUCUGAGAGACAGAAUUAUAAUGCGGGAAUAGUCAUUCAAGUGGUAAUUCGAUUUUUAGUGUAUUCAUUACAAUUUCGUAGAUGUAUGUCUGUUAUACCAAGUGAACGUCUUACUUCGGCUGUAUCGGCUGUGUCGGAUUACAGAAGUGCUUUAUUGGACCUUGCAAAUCCUUUUACAACUCUACCGUGUAGAGUUCUUAUUACUGAUUUCUUGGAAAAGACUCAAGAUUUGCUGAAAUUACCUUUUAACCCGUACAAUGAUCCAACUAGCGAUGUAAAAGCUUCUAUUAGUGGUGUUUCUCCUUUUCAAAUUACUGGUGGUGCAAUUCAACCAUUUGAUAAUGAAGUUAGUUUUAUCGAAAAUUUAUACCGUCAAGCUGCUGGUCAAUAUAAAUCAUUCGAUAAAGCUGCACAUAUUGCAGGUUUUAUUACUCCUUUUGGAUUUAAGGAAUACGUCCGUCAUAGAAUUCCCAUGAAGCGUGUUAUUAAUGGAGCUUAUAUUUGUUAUGUGGAUCCUUUAAAUAAGACUUAUUAUUAUACUACUCUUAUUCUUGAUGAAUUUCGUUUUAAGGUUCUAAAAAAUCUUUUAAUUUAUGAAAUUAUCUCCGGAAAAGCUGCUUAUAUACACAGUGCUUUAUAUUUCUAUAUGAGCAUGUGUACUUGUGAAGAAGAUUUCAAUUUAAUGAGAGAGUAUGCAAAGUUUAAAGUUAAAACCCAAGAUUCAUCUAAUUGGAAUGACUUUGCUGCUACGUGCUAUUCGGGAGGUUUGUUGAAGCAAGAUGUAUCCACGGCUUUUUUUAAAAGUCUUUCAACAUGA